AUGGCGGAGCCCGCGCUGGCGGAGCCGAACGGCACGAGCGCGCCGCGCGCCGCCCCUCACUCGCGCUGCGCCUCCGCGCUCAUCAUCCUGGCCGUGGCGCUCGUCAUCCUUGUGACCGUGGUGGGCAACGCGCUGGUGGUGGCCGCCGUGCUGACGAGCCGCGCUCUGCGCGCGCCCCAGCAUCUCUUCCUCGUGUCGUUGGCGUCCGCCGACAUCCUGGUGGCCACGCUGGUCAUCCCGUUCUCGCUGGCCAACGAGGUGAUGGGCUACUGGUACUUCGGCAGUACGUGGUGCGCGCUCUACCUGGCGCUGGACGUGCUCUUCUGCACGGCGUCCAUCGCGCACCUGUGCGCCAUCAGCCUGGACCGCUACUGGGCCGUGACGGAGGCGGCGCGCUACAACGCCAGGCGCACUCCACGCCGCGUCAAGGCCAUGAUCGCCACCGCGUGGCUCGUGUCCGCGCUCGUCUCCUUCCCGCCGCUCGUGCUCACGGAGCACGACGAGCUGGUGUGCUCGCUCAACAACGACACGUGGUACAUCCUGUCCUCGUGCGCCGUCUCCUUCUUCGGCCCGGGCCUCAUCAUGGUGGCCGUGUACUGCAGGAUCUACCGCGUGGCCAAGCAGCGCGCGGCGGCCGUGUUCGCGGCCAAGAGCAGCGCGCCGCGCGCCAUCUCGCGCUCCGAGACGUGGUUCCCGCGCAGGAGUGCGAACGUGAACGGCAACGGCAACGGAAGCGGGAGCGCCGGCGAGACCACCUGCGACCGGCGCCGCGGAGAGCUCGACGACAUCGACCUGGAGGAGAGUUGCGUGUCGGACAGCGCGCGCGGAGGAGGCGCGGGCGCGCGGCCCGAGCGCGUGCCCUGGGCGUGCAGCCGCGCGGCAGGCGCGGCGCUGGAGGAUGUCAUCGCGCGCAGACCGGCGCUGUCCAAGAGCAGAGCGGCGCAGAUGCGCGAGAAGCGCUUCACCUUCGUGCUCGCCGUGGUCAUGGGCGUGUUCGUGCUCUGCUGGUUCCCCUUCUUCUUCACCUACAGCCUGCAUGCCGUAUGCAGGGAGAGCUGCACCAUCCCGGACACGCUCUUUAACCUGUUCUUCUGGAUCGGCUACUGCAACAGCUCGGUCAACCCCAUCAUCUACACCAUCUUCAACAGGGACUUCAGAAAAGCCUUCAAAAAGAUCAUGUGCCACAGCAGCUCGGCGAGCAGCUGA